AUGAGGGCUGACGCAGAUGAUAUCGAGAAGUACGAGCUGAAUGGCUACCCGGAUCUAUCUAUUACGGAGCACUUUUUUAGUGUUCCCUUGAAUUAUGCCAAAACAGACGGGCAUGAAAUCACGAUCUUUGCACGGGUAGUCAAGAAAUUCGAGAAGCCGGUCAAACCGGGAAAGAGGAAGGCGAAGAAGGAAGAUAACGGAGAAGAGGGGGAAAGGGAAGAAGGGGACGAUAGGUCGUAUUUAUGCUAUUUAAAUGGAGGGCCAGGUUUCAAUAAUACCACCCCGAAAGCCGAAUAUGUUUCCAAAUUCAUUGAUAAGGGCUAUACGAUCGUCCUCCUGGACCAAAGAGGAACCGGUCUUUCUGAAUGUAUCUGCCCCGGAAACAUCCCCGGGGACACACCGGAGGAGCAAGCAGACUAUGUAUCACAUUUCAGGGCAGAUAAUAUUGUUAGAGAUGCGGAGGUCGUGAGGGAGAAGCUUGUGGGGAAGGAGGGGAAGUGGAGUUUGGCGGGGCAGAGCUUUGGGGGGUUUUGUAUUGCGACUUAUUUGAGUUUUAGGCCGGAAUAUAUUACAGAGGCAUUUAUGUUCGGUGGUAUUCCACCUAUUGGUGAGAACACCCCGGAUCAGGUGUAUACAAAUCUCUAUAAGCGUUUGGCGGAUCGGAACACUGUGUACUAUACAAAAUACCCCCAAGAUAUCGAACGAGUCAAAGAGAUCGCUAAAUACCUCGGUGAAAAUGAGGUUAAGCUAUCCAACGGGGGUACUCUGACCAUCGACCGAUUUAGAGAUUUGGGUAUCUCGUUCGGUAUGCAUGGGGGUAUUGAUGGCAUUCAUAAAUUGGUGUUCAGAGCUCAUAAUGAUAUCACUCGAUUUGGAAAGAUACUUACUCCAACAUUGAGUUUGAUUCAAUCGUAUCAGUCAUUCGAUGAUCAUGUAAUAUAUUGCAUCUUGCACGAGGCGAUAUAUUGCCAAGAUGGCAACGCCUCAGACUGGUCUGCAAACCGAAUCCUCCUUCAACAAUCCGACAACCGUCUCCGUUCCUACGAUGCCUACCUAGCAUCGUCAACCCCCUCUAUCCCGGGUACCCUCGGCGCCCUCUUCUUCACCGGCGAAAUGAUCUACCCGUCAAUGCUAACCUCCUACGCCUCCCUCAAACCACUAAAACAAAUCGCUGAAAUCCUUGCUGCGAAAAAGUGGGAGGGAAGGCUAUACGACCUUGAUCGGUUAGCGCAGAACAAAGUACCUGUGUAUGCAGCGACAUAUUUGGAAGACAUGUAUGUAGACUUUGAGUUAACGCGCGUAUUUGCGAGGAGGACGAAAGGGGUCAAGGAGUGGAUUAGUAAUGGGGUUAUGCAUAAUGGGAUUUCGGCGAAGGCUGGGGAGGUUAUCGGGAAGUUAUGGGAGUUGAGGAAAGGGAUUUCUGAUUAG